UUCAUGUUAUGUGUUUUUUCGUUUCUAGCACCAGAGAUGCCUUCUACAGAUAUUGCAGCACAAGUUAAAAGCGUUAAAACAACCACAGAUCAAGCAGAGACAAGUACCACAGCAUCGGAGAUGACAACUACACACAAAGCAUCAGAGAUAACCACUACAGACGCACCAGAGAUAACCAUCACAGACGCACCAGAGAUAACUACUGCAGAUGCACCGGACAUGACUACUACAGAUGGUAAGUUUGGCAUCACUAUUACUAUUACUACUGUUCAUUUUUUUUUUUAUCUAAUUCAUGUUUCGUGUUUUUUCGCUUUUAUCACAAAUGAUAAUACUUAA